GCACCAGUUGUAACUGAGCGCACCACUGUAGUGGUAGUUGUGUAGCAAAGUGGUCUUUUUCCUUGUCAUGAUGGCGAGGUGGAGUGUGUGUCGCCGGCCUGUGAUGCUGCCUCUGUCCAAGAUGGACGAGCCGACUCCAGCAAGAGUACGCUGCAGCAGCAGCAUGCCUGUUAUCAGACAGGCGUAUUCAGAGAGCAGCAGCAUUGUUCGGCCUUUCGGUGAGAUUCCUGGACUUUGGAAGAACGGGGUGUCUAACUUGUACAAUUUUUGGAAACUGGAUGGCUUCAAAAACCUUCAUCGCAUUAUGGUGCAGAACUUCAACACUUUUGGACCCAUUUACAGAGAAAAAAUAGGUUAUUAUGAAAGUGUAAAUAUCAUCAAUCCUGAAGAUGCUGCCAUCCUGUUCAAAGCAGAGGGCCACUAUCCUAAACGGCUGAGAGUUGAAGCGUGGACAUCAUACAGAGACUACAGGAAUCGCAAAUAUGGAGUUUUACUCAAGGAUGGAGAGGACUGGAGAUCAAACCGUGUCAUUCUCAACAAGGAAGUGAUUUCUCCUAAGGUCCUGGAAAACUUUGUGCCACUCCUGGAGGAAGUGGGCGAGGACUUCGUGGCCAGAGUACACAAAAAGAUACAGAGAAGCGGGCAGAACAAAUGGACCGCUGACCUCUCCCAAGAGCUCUUUAAAUAUGCACUGGAGUCGGUGGGUUCAGUGCUAUAUGGGGAGCGUCUUGGUUUGAUGCUGGACUACAUUGACCCUGAAGCACAACGUUUCAUUGACUGCAUCACCCUCAUGUUUAAGACCACCUCGCCCAUGCUGUACAUUCCUCCUGCUCUGCUGAGGCAGGUUGGUGCGAAGGUGUGGCGAGACCAUGUAGAGGCCUGGGAUGGGAUAUUUAACCAAGCGGAUCGCUGCAUCCAGAACAUCUACAGGCAGCUACGCAAGGAGACCAGCACCCCGAACAAGUACCCAGGAGUCCUUGCUAGUCUGCUAAUGCUGGAUAAGCUGUCCAUUGAAGACAUCAAGGCCAGCAUCACUGAGCUAAUGGCUGGAGGAGUAGAUACAACUUCCAUCACACUACUGUGGACAUUGUACGAAUUAGCAAGACACCCUAACCUCCAGGAGGAGCUGAGAGCAGAGGUGGCUGCAGCUCGGGAAGAGAGUCAGGGAGACAUGCUGGAGAUGUUGAAGCGGAUACCACUGGUGAAAGGAGCUUUGAAGGAAACACUUAGGUUACACCCUGUUGCUGUGAGCUUGCAAAGAUACAUCUCGGAAGAUAUCAUCAUCCAAAAUUACCACAUCCCAUCAGGAACCCUGGUACAGUUAGGACUGUAUGCCAUGGGCAGAGACCCCAAAGUGUUCUUUCACCCGGAGCACUAUCAGCCCUCCCGCUGGCUGAGGACAGAGACACACUACUUCAGGAGCCUGGGUUUCGGCUUUGGCCCCCGUCAGUGUUUAGGACGCAGGAUAGCUGAGACGGAGAUGCAAAUCUUUCUAAUCCAUAUGCUUGAGAACUUCAGAGUGGAGAAACAGCGUCAUGUGGAGGUGCAGAGUACCUUUGAGCUUAUUCUCUUACCAGAGAAGCCUAUCAUCUUGACUUUGAAGCCUCUACAUACCAACCGAUAACACUGAGUGUCAGAGUUAACUGCCCUUAAUUUGUACCUAACACUUCAUAAAAUAUUCCAACCUUACUGUAGACUCUGUUAGAGUGAAAACAUGAGGAAGGUAAAAGUAAGAGAAGUGCACAAACAAAUUACCUCACAUAUUUCAUAACUAGCAAACAGAAUAAUUAUAUGUGGUGUAUAUUAACAAAUCAUAGUAGUGAUGAUGGAAAUGUGUAGUCUGUGUGUAAAACAUGAGGAAAGCCUUGAAUGUACAGAGCCCAUUACUUGGUUGCAUUUUAGAAAACCUCCUGUAUCAAUAUAAACCAGUGAGGAAUAAAACUGCACAACUUCAAUAUAUGUUCUGUGAUGUAUCAUUUUAUUAAACACAUUAUUGAAAAACA